GAUGGCGAUGUGCAGCUGUUUGUUUCUCUCUGCAGCCGGGUAUUAGAAGGGCUGGAUUUGCAGAGAGAAAACUCAAACCAAAACAUCACAUCAAGAUCUGACAGAGUCACUCAAUUCACCAGGACGUGAAUGCCAUCAUUUUGGAAAGUGGAAGGAGAAAUGUUUGUCUGUUCUGCCUGUGGGAAAGGAUUUCAAACAUCAGUGUGACUGGAAAAGCACUGUGACACACACACGCACACCCGAGUGAGAGUGUUCCAGUGAACUGACUGUGGAAAAAGCUUUAACCAGUUACACAGCCUGAAAAAAGCAUUGCACUAUUCAAGUGGGAAGAAACUGUACAUGUGUAUUGUGUGUGGAUAUGGCUUCCACUGAUCAUCUAUCCUGCAGAGACUCAAGGGCACCCACACAAUGGAGAAACUGUGGAAAUGUGGGGACUGUGGAAAGGGAUUCAAUUACCCAUCCCGGCUGGAAAACCAUCGACGCAGUCACACUGGGGAGAGGCCGUUCACCUGCUCCGAGUGUGGGAAGGGAUUCACACGAUCAUCUGAACUGCUAACACACCAGCGAGUUCACACUGGGGAGAGGCCGUUCUCCUGCUCCGAGUGCGGGAAGAGAUUCAUUCAAUCAUCUGACAUGCUGAGACACCAGCGAGUUCACACUGGGGAGAGGCUGUUCACCUGCUCUGAUUGUGGGAAGGGAUUCUUUCGGUCAUCCCAACUGCUAACACACUGGCUAGUUCACACAGGGGAGAGGCCAUUCACCUGUUCCGAGUGUGGGAAGGGAUUUAUUCAGCCAUCUGACCUGCUGAGGCACCAGCGAGUUCACACUGGGGAGAGACCUUUCACUUGCCCUGUAUGUGGGAAAGGAUUCACUGGGUCCUCUGACCUGCUGAAGCAUCAACGAAUUCACACUGGGGAGAGGCCAUUCAGUUGUACUUCCUGUGGAAAGAGAUUCACGUCUUCUUCCAACCUGCUGAGACACCAGCGGGUUCACACUGGAGACCAUGCAGAUGCUUAGCUGUGGGAAGAAAUUCACUCAGUCAUCCAACCUAAUGACGCACCAGAGGGUUCACUCUAGGGAGAGGCGGUUCACCUGCUGCAAGUGUGAGAAGGGAUUCAUUCACUCAUCUCACCUGCUGAUGCACCAGCGAGUUCACAAGUGACUGCAGGGAUUGGAUUCUCCUUUGAUUGCUGCUUUUAACCACAUCCAGGUCUGAACCAUGUUCAGUUUGACAGUUGGGGUUUGUUUCUGCUGAUGUUAGUAAUCCCUGUAACUGGGCUUUAGUUUAAUAUUCUGGAUCUGUGUUCUUGGGGCUGCAGUGACCCUUUAAGAACCGCUGUCUCUGAUCUUUCUCCAUAAUUCAGGAACUCUCAUCAGAAAUUAGUUUACAAAAAGAUUCUGAACUUUUACUUCAAUCUUAAAUUGAUCUUUGGUAUGAACUCAACAAUUCAGUAUCUGAGAGGUUCCAUAUUAACAUCUCCAAUUAGCAAGUGCUGAUUAGUCCUUGCUGCCAAUUCUUACUGACUUGUACAUUACUCACAGUGACACCUCCAUUAUCCACCAGAAAGAAGGGGAAUGGGAAUUGGUGGAGAAUCGAGAGUUUCCAAAUGUUACCCCUCCCGUCUGGUACUGAAAUCCUCUCAGCACGAGAAUGGAGACAAGUUCAAUCCAAGUAACGGACUGUAAGAAAUCGCUGUCUAAUAUUCCUAUGAAAGCUUUGGAAAUUUAGGGAAUAUUAUAAGAAUAGCUCACUCUCUCUUAUGAAGAAAGCUUCCAUAGCAGCUUGCUGGCUGACAAACACAGGACAGGCCUGUUAUCUCUGCCAAGGACAUAUCUCUAGCACAGGCCCUGAAACAAGACAUUUCUAACCCUGGCAUGACCCAUACAUAAACCAACUGCCUGUGUAAAGGUUAAAACAGGCUCUCGAGAGCACGGAGAUAUCGACGUGAUCCACACUGGCUUCAGCCCAAUACCCAUACUCUGGCUCACACCAGUUAACCGUUCAGAGGAGACUGUCACCACCAGCAUCACUCUGCGUAAUCUGUCUGUUUGUCCUCCGGGACCAGUAAACCGUUCUCACCUGUCAUGGGUCAUGUGUUUACCUGUCUAUUUUACGCAUCAUGUUUAAACUGUUACUUCUCAAUAAACUACUUUAAA